GGUCUCGUAGCAGUAUGGCAGCCGUCGCGCUGAGGUCCUGCCGCAGAGGACUUUCACAGAUUUUAAGUAAUGGAGGGCUCGCAACUUUGUCUUCAAAGCGUUUGGAAGGAGACAGAAGACACAAGUCCACAGUUCAGUAUGCUUCACGACCAGAACUUCCAAAGUUGGCUUAUAGAAGAGUGAAAGGGAAGAGCCCAGGUGUUGUCUUCCUCCCAGGAUAUGGCUCCAACAUGAAUGGGCAGAAAGCUGAGGCACUGGAGGAGUUUUGUAGGUCACUAGGGCACUCAUACCUUAGGUUUGACUACACAGGACACGGGGCCUCAGAGGGAGUGCUAGCAGAAGGAACUAUUGGUACCUGGAAAAAAGACGUCCUUUUUGUGUUGGAUGAGUUAGCGGAGGGGCCACAGAUACUGGUGGGUUCUAGUAUAGGUGGUUGGCUCAUGCUGCUGGCAGCCAUUGCAAGACCAGAGAAGACUGCUGCACUGGUGGGCAUCUCCACUGCCGCUGAUCACAUUGUCACAUCUUUCAACUCUCUUCCUCUGGAGGCACGUAAGGAGUUUGAGGAGAAAGGGGAGUGGACAGUGCCCACCAAACACUCAGAGGAGGGUGUUUACAAGUUUAGCAUGAACUUUCUGCGUGAGGCAGAAAAUCACUGUGUACUCCAGAGUCCCAUUCCCAUCACCUGUCCCGUACGGCUCAUUCAUGGUCUCAAAGAUGAGGACGUCCCUUGGCACAUCUCCAUGCAGGUUGCCGAACGCGUCCUCAGUCCUGAUGUGGAUGUCAUCCUUCGGCGACAUGGCCAGCACCGUAUGUCUGAGAAGGACGACAUCAAGCUCAUGGUCUACACUAUUGACGAUCUCAUAGACAAGCUGACUACUAUGGUCUGAGUAAGGGAUGGGGGAGUGAGCUUGAGAGGUUGCUGAGUUAACGAGAGAAGGACUGUGUUUUUACUGGGAAGUCAACCCUCAAGGAAAAUACCAAACAAUGGCAUAUGUUUCUGCCAAAUAUGACCUUCUAUCCAUCUCUGUUAUUUUCCCCGUACAUCAUCUGUCAUUUUCACAUGCUGUUAUAGUGCAAACUAUAUUUAAAGGGAGCUCUUUUGCUAGCUGUUCCCUUAUAUCUUCAGGUUGCAUUUGUACAUGUUCCAGGUUAUUAUAUUGACUGUUAUGUUGGUCAGCCAUUAUUAGGUCUGCCAUUGCUGCUGUCUCUGCCACUGUUCUUACUGUUUGGUUGUUUUCCCUCCCUCUUUAUUUAGAUGCAUAGUUUUCCUGUGCCUUUUUUAAUCACUUUUCACCUGUUUUGGCCAAUAAAACCUCUGCACACUAGA